GUCAGUUCAAAGUGAUCAUCCGUGAGCGGUGGACGUCAGUCCGGUCUACGCGUUAACCUUUUUCUUUCCCUUUCAGGAAAUCAUGGAUCAGAGGAGGUACAAACAACGAGGUUUACAGUUCAAUUCCACUUCAGACUCUCGAGCCUUGAGAGCCGUCAAGUACCAAGAAGGGUGGAAAGCCCAGCGCAACAAUGCCAUCACCAAUCGACGCCAGUUGGAAAAUUUUAAUGAUUCGGUUGACAGCAUCCGUCCAAAUAAUAAUCAGAGCAUCAUAAAACAAGACAAUCUUGAGGAAAAGGUCAAAAAGACUAAGAAGGAACUUGGGAUUGAGCGCUACAAGCAACUUUUGAAAUGGAAGGAAAAUAAGAAAAAGACACUUGACAAGGAGAAGAGAAGGCGUCUUCCUUCAUUCAAGACCGGAAUAUAUCACCCAGAAACCCCCAAAUUCUUGGUUUCUUCAGAUGGUAACGUGGAAACAUCUGUGAGUGAGACUCCCAGCAAGAAAACUCCCUUCAAAUUCCUUGUGAGUUCAACCAAAAAAUCCAGCAUUACACCAAGUACUUCUGGGACUAUAGUUCGGCGGAAAAUACCAGUGUUUCACACUGGAGUUACUCCAGGCACAUCAGUGCAGAAGAUACCAAAGCGCUCCACUGGGGUCACGCCCUCCACAUCAGUACCACGUUUUCGCACUGGUGUCACUCCCAAUGAUAUGCUCAAGAUGGGGGGAAUCCUAAGACAUGAUUCGUUCUGCAAAAACAAGUCUCUCACUCUGCAGAAGGAUCAAGAAUGUAAAGUUGCAUCGACCCGAGCAGGAUUAAGGACAGCUAGACCUGAAUAUAGCAAGCAGGAUAAGAUGCCACUUAGCAGUCGGUACCGUUCAACCAGAUUAAAGAAAGCAAAUGACCAAGAAGAACUGGGGGUAAAGCCUCUUCCAGCUACACCAAAACCUAAUCAAGCUUUAAUUACAAAAAGAUGCAAGAGGAAUGAUUCACUGUUACCGUCAUUUGCUCCAAGUGAUUUUACUUUUAAGUUUGAGGCGUCAAACAAACGAAGUUUUGGUAAUGGAAGUUCAGAUGGGGGUGCUUUUGAAGAAGAGGAUAAGUUCUGUGAUGGCCAGUCAGAAGCCCAUCUAAGAAAUGAAGCAGCAGAAAAAAUUGGUAUUGAAAGGGACAAAUCAGCGGAGAUGGAUAGUGCACACAUGGCUGAUGAUGCAGCAGGCUUGAGACAAGAGGAUGCAGGUGUGGCACCUGAAGCUCACGAACAAGAGAAGGACAGUGGAGUGGAAGAGGAUCAGGAAGAGGUGGAUCAAUGUGAAGGACAAAUAUCUGAAGCUGAGGAGCAGGCUGAGGAAGGGGAAGCUGAGGAGCAGGCUGAGGAAGGGGAAGCUGAGGAGCAGGCCGAGGAAGGGGACGCUGAGGAGCAAGCCGAGGAAGGGGACGCUGAGGAGCAGGCCGAGGAAGGGGACGCUGAGGAGCAGGCCGAGGAAGGUGAAGCUGAGGAGCAGGCCGAGGAAGGGGAAGCUGAGGAGCAGGCCGAGGAAGGGGAAGCUGAGGAGCAGGCCGAGGAAGGGGAAGCUGAGGAGCAGGCCGAGGAAGGGGAAGCUGAGGAGCAGGCCGAGGAAGGGGACGCUGAGGAGCAGGCCGAGGAAGGGGAAGCUGAGGAGCAGGCCGAGGAAGGGGAAGCUGAGGAGCAGGCCAAGGAAGGGGAAGCUGAGGAGCAGGUCGAGGAAGGUGAAGCUGGGGAGCCUGCUGAGGAGAGCAAAGCAUUUACUGAAGUGGAGAUGAUGAAAGUGGAAGAGCUUGAAAGUGAGGAGAGUGUAGAGGAAAUUAAAGCAGAUGAGCAAUUGUUGGAUGAAAAAAUUGAAAGUGAUGUCAGUGAUGGGGUACAGGUUACCGCAGGAAAUUCAGAUCAAAUUCCUUACGUCAUGAAGGGCGAAAUUAACACAAUGGAUGUCGGUGAAAAAAUGGCACUUGAUGAUGAACCCGAUGGUGCUGCAAGGGAGUGUAAGGCUACACCAUUUACCAAUGACAAGGUUGGCAAAGCAAGUAAACGCAGUAGUGUGGCUACCCCAAGGAAUCGUUAUACAAGGAAGUCGGUUGCAUGCUGUGGGGAUGGGAUUUUAACACCAAGCCUUUCUAGACUGCGUCCCCGUACUCCAUGUAGCCGUAAUACAAGACGCUCGCUUUCUGCUCAUUGUGAUCCACAACCCGAGUUCACUCCUAGUCGACGGACACCUGGUCGAAAAAGUUAUCGACACUCCAUGAAUAGCGCUAAAAUUAUACCAGAGUUGUCCUCUGAUGUUGAGAGCACGGUUUUGAAGAACAUUGUUAAAGAACAUGAGCCAGUAAUAGAAAAUGAACAAAUGCAUGAGGCUGCUGCAGUGGAGAGUCGCAAACAAUUUAAGAUGCCAGAUGGAGAAAGUAUAUCCAGUGAAAAAAAGGUGCAGAUUACUCCAAAGGCUGAUAAAGUGUCAAGUUCAUCACUACUAAUAACGCCCAAGAGUCUUGAACGUCAAUCAAAAGUAUCGUGGAAGAUUGAGACAUCUCCAUGGAUUGAUGUCUCUCGACGUACAAAAAAAAGACGAAGCUGUUCCACACCAGAUUUCCAAAAGUUUCCAGAAGUCCCUACAGAUGGAUCACCUCUUCCUGUGCAUUUGAUCCCUGAGGCUCCGACAUAUAAAAUAUGUGAAUCGGCGAUGGUAUCUAGUGACAAAAAGUCAGAUUCUGCCGUUAGUGACGACCAGCCCUGUGUUGAGCUUUUAGCACUGCUAAAACCUUCUUUGCUUGCAACUGCUGUUGACUCUCCAGCUAUUAAUGUGUGGGGUGAGGCUACUCCAGUAACUAAAAAUUCAGACGUUUUGGUAACAUCUGAAGUGAAUAUGGAACACCAUUCUCAAACUACUCCUGGAUCAUCUUGUGCAACGAUGCAUAGCUUGACCCCUGCUAUUGAUCAGUCGACCGAUCAAACACCCUUAUCAUCUAUUAUGUCCAUCCCGGUGGAAGUUGCUAGCUCUACUGAUUCUCCAAAAUCUAGGAAAAGUGGUGCAGAAAAGGUUCCUGAUCAAAGUUUGCCAUCAAAUUCCUCUACCGUUGGAAAGGUCUUAACAGGGAAGAGGAAGUCUCGGAGAUCAGUUAUGUUUGCUGUAGACCAGGAAAAUGAAGUGCCUAGCUUCAGAUUUCCAGGUACUCCGAUUCGAUCUUCAUCUCGAGCAUCAAUGGGUCUCUUUGGUAAUGUUGACAUGAGUACAGAUGACAUUAUUCCUUCACGACAUGAAGAUCAGUGUCUCGUGGAGUCUCCUAAGAGUGAGAAGAAAACGACUGCAACCCGAAGGAAAUCAUCACGCGUGAGUUUGCUACCAGGCAUGACAAGAAGCCCUCUAGUAGAGCAGACAUUGCCUGUCAAUUGUGACUUGAUCAGCUGGGACACUCCAGUUGAAACCAAGGAAAGAAUAUCCAGAAGAUCAAUAGCGUCCAAGUUUGCAACACCCAGUCGGAGAUCAAAAAGACUGAGUAGGGCCCAAGUGUUGUAAGUAUGCUUCAGUACCAAGUAUGACACUGCCGUUUGUGCCCUCUGUACGUGACAAGCUUAUCAGGGAAUUCCAAAACUUGUGUGACUGCCGUGGUUUUACAAAUGUUCUUUUAAUGCCUAUUGAGUAAAUUGGCACCAUAAUAGUGAUUUUUUUUUUCUUAAAAGAUGCCUUUGUAUAUUGUAAUUAAGUGCCUUUUUUAGUGUUACUGAAGCUUUGGGGGGAAAUAUUUUCUGAGAAAUUGGGGCUGAACCACAUAAACAAUGGGGACUGUAGUUGAGCUGCACCAAUAUGAAUGUCAUCCCUUCAGGUCAAUUUUUAAGAUUGUUUCAGCAGUUUUUGAACAGUGUUCAAUGAGGGUUUUUUGUGUGUUGUAAGACUAAGGAACCACUUUGUUCAGAUUCAUUUAUUUGAAAUUGAGUAUGUAAUUGAAUGUAGAGAAAAUAUUUGGGGAAACUUGGGUUUCUCUGGAUGCUAAAAUAAUUGAAAACUUGUAAUCUUUUAUAACUACUUUCCAUUCUGAUGUCUAAUUUUUUUUUUUUUUUUUAUAUCUGUACAAAAGAAAAUUAUUAUUUUUUAAGUUUAAAUUUUUAUUGAUUGUGUAACAUUCAUUUAAUAGUUUUAAGUCUAUAAUUAUCUCAUUAUAUAGGGCAAAGAUACGAAACAUGUUCAGUUGGUCUGAUUUUUUUUCUAUCAUUUCCUAAAUCACUUUGCUUGUAAAUAUGGUAAUACACACCUCGUGAGGAUUAAAAAUGUUAUUACCCAGGAAAUAUAUUAUCUUUCCUUUCAGUCAUUUUCAUUACUCUUGUUUUCUCUUAUACAGUUUCAAGUUGCCAGUAAUAUUAACUAUUGCUUUAGUAUUAUUAAUAUUAUUUUAUCAUUUAGAAUUGUGUAUGUGUGUGUGUGUAAUAUGCAUGCAUGCAUAUAUUGCAAGAAUUAGCACAAAAACUUGAUUCGGAUACAGUAUACAUAAGUAUCCACAUAGGAACAAUGAAAUGAAGAUAAUCUUGAGUUCUGUUGUGAUCUGUAUUCCUUGAAAAUGUGUUGAAUCAUGAAAACACUCAGAUUAUUUCCAUUUCAUUUUUCUUACAUGGUUACGUAUGCAUACAUGGACAUACAUAUGAUACACAUACUCGUACAUGUCGACCCAUUCUUCUGUUUAGAUAGUAGUUUUUGUAACUAUGUACACAAUUGUUUAAAGAUUGCCGUUCUAAGCAAUUAGAUAGUAGAGCUUUGUACUAUUCACUUUAUAUAGUCUGAAAAAGUUAAGUGAAAAAACAAACUUAAAUAUUCCUAGGCCUAGUAUAGUGUGCACACGUACUAUUUUAGGCCUCAGAUAUCGCGUAUAAGGCCUAGGAAGAUUAGGUUAGUUUAGUUUUUUCUUUGCAACAGUUGAAAAUAGUUUUCCGGUUUGUCCAUCUCAAUAGUGCCAAUUUCUACAUUCUAAUUUCGUUGUACGUCGGUAUAUGUAUAGGUAUAUGUCGGUACGUCCUCAUCGUUACUAUAAGUACUACCAAAACAGGAGGAUGGGCUGUAUAUGUACACACUUGUAUGUACAUAUGUAUGUAUAAUCAAUUAUUUCACAUUAAAACUCCAAUUUUAUAAUAUAGAAAGUUAGUUUAAAGAUACCUUACACAUUAUUGAGUUGGGAUUAUAAGAGAGUAAAACAUCUUUACAUGAAUUGUAGAACCUCUAUCAACAGAAAUAUACCAAGUGUAGGGCUACAUUUCUAUUAAUAAAAUAAAUGUAAAUUAGAAUUCAAGAUAAAAACUAAAAAUGUAUUGGAAAAUAUGCUAAAAUUGUUAGAAAAAAAGAAUGUACAGUAAUAAGAAGUUUCAAAUGAAUUGUUUCCAAAUAUUCAACAAUUUUAUAUUGUUCCCAAAUAGCUAAUAAAAUAAAAGGGGAACAUAGUUAAAGUGGAAAGCUAAUCAGAAUUGUUAGCCUGUUGAUAAAUUUAUUUAAAUGGAAAUGAUAACAUGCAAAUCAACAUCUAUUCACCCACCAGUAACUAAGAAGCUGGAUGUAAAACAAUAGGCAGGUAGUGUUCUAGGUAUAAAACAUGGAACAGAAUAACCUAACUCCAUUGUGUAUAAGAUAUCUUAAACAUUACAUAUUAUUUUUUAUCGAGAUAGUAAACUAUGAUUAUCCAACUUUAUUAUAGGUAACUUCAAGUUUUAAUAACUCCUGAUGAUGUAAGUUAACAUGGAAAUGCUGAAUAAAUUUUAUUUAGAGUUAUCGUUGAUUUCAAUAUAUGUAUG